AUGGCAUUGGCAUUUCCACCACAUGCUAUUCAAUCGAUUUUAGAGAUUGCCAAUAAUUUGGCAGCAUCAGCAGGUACAAGCAAUCAACAAACAGGUAGUGGUGAUGCAUCAUCGACAUCCAAUAUAACUUCAGCAGCAUCACUUGUAAGGAUAAACGAUGAUCUCACACCAAAUUGGAUGUCGGAACUCAAGAUGUCGCAAGCGAGAAACAACAACAGUCUUGCUUUUAAGAGUAUAUUGGAUCAACCCGUUAUCAACAUUGACAGAUUACGUGCAUUGAGUUUCGGUGGUAUUCCAAUGGAACAUCGUCCAAUUGUUUGGCAAAUCUUAUUGAAUUAUUUACCACCAGAAAAGAAAUUACAUGGUAGAAUAUUAAGUGAUAAACGUAAUCAAUAUGUUCAAUUGGUACAAAAGUUCUAUCAGAGUGAGAUGUCACCCGAUGACAAGACACUGUUGAAUCAGGUCAAAUUGGAUGUACCAAGAACAAUGCCAAAAGGAUUCAGUCAAACACCACUCUUCAAAUCAACGAUCUUACAUUUGGUGCUGGAGAGAAUUCUCUAUGUUUGGUCAAAGACAAAUCCACUGAUCUCAUACUUUCAAGGUUUAAAUGAUAUUCCUGCUCAAUUCUUACUUGUAUUUUUAACUCAAUAUAUAAAUAUUCAUGGUAAUUUAACAGAUUUAAAUUGUGAUAUAUUAGAUAAAGUCGAAGCUGAUACAUUUUGGUGUUUAUCUUUAUUAAUGAACAACCUAAAGAAUCGAUUCAUUAAUUUCCAUGAUGGUAUCAAUCGAAUGGCAAUGAAACUGGAAAGACUUGUUAAAUUAAAAGAAGAGAAUCUAUCUAAACAUUUACAAAACGAAGGAUGUGAUUUUAUAUUGUUUUCACUUAGAUGGAUGAUCUGUUUGCUAUCGAGAGAGUUUGAAUUUAGAUUGUGUAAUCGUUUGUGGGAUAGCUACAUUGCUCACGGUCCAAACUUUGGAUACUUUCACAUCUAUGUGUGUGCUGCGCUGAUCACAACAAAAGAAUGGGUACCAGUACUACAGAAGCGAGAGUUUAGCGAUCUCAUCGUAUUUCUACAGCGAUUGCCCACCGAUAGUUGGAACAUACAUCACAUCGAUCACCUCUUGGUAGGUGCCUACCAGAUAUUCCUAUUGGAGAUACAAUCCGCUGUACAAGAAUCAACAAAGAAAAUAGUUCAAUUCUUUAUAUCACAAAAUACAAAUAGUAGUAGUAGUAUUGAUAAUAAUAAUAAUAAUAAUGAUAAUAGUAGUAAUGAUGAUAAUAAUAGUAGUAAUAAUAAUGAUCAAUCAGUUCCAACUAUUAUUGAACCUAUCGAUAAGAAUCCAUUGUUAUUAGAGAAUCAUAUGAAGAAUAUCUAUUUAUCAUUCUUGAAAUCACAGAAUAAUCAUCAACUUUCUUCAUCAAUUAAUCAAGUUCCAAUUAUUAAUAACAGUAGUAUAGCAGCAUUCAAUAAUCCACAACAACAGUUGGCAGCUGGAUUUUCACUAUUGAACAAACAUUUCUUAAAUAAUCAAAAUAACAACAGUAAUAGUAAUAACAAUUCACCAAUUGAUUUAGAACAAAUUAAAUCAAAGAUAAUGACAGAGUUCCUACCUUCGUAUCUCAAUAUUUCACAGAUAUCACCAGAGUCUGCAGAUGAAGAGAUGAUCAAACAUAUAACACUUCAUUUAAUGGUGAUCAUUGGUGCACUGCUUUUUGUUGGAGUUAUCCUUUUAGUUGUAAUCAUUUGUACAUGUCUAACAAUCAUAUCUUUGGAAUACUAUAAUUCGAUUGAUGUCAGUAUAUCAUUAGAUCAACAUAGAUUUAAUAUUAGAAAUAUUAUUACACAAAUCGAUGAUAUUCAAACAUUAGAUAUAACUAUUAAUUUAUGUUUAUUAAAUCAAUCAAUUGAAAAUGUAAGAUUAAAAAUCUAA